AAAAAAUCAAAACGCGACCCUUGGUGGAAAAAGUUUGGACACCCCUGACUUGGACACGACCCCGGAGGAACGUUGCUGAUGGAGAGAGAGAGAGAGAGCGAGACAGCGUGGGAGGGGCAUCAUCAGACGGAGAGAGAAGUGCAACCACAAAGUCAGCAGCUCACCGACAAGCUUGGUCCGACGUCUGUGAGGGAUGGACGGCAUCAACUCCACCGGCCUCCCCGCCAACCAGUCCGACUUCGGCAGCGUCUUCACCCAUCAGGUGCUCCCCUCGCUCUAUUUCGUCAUCUUCCUGGUGGGCGUGCCCCUCAACGGCGUGGCCGCCUGGAUCUUCUUCCGAGUUCCCAACGACUCGGCUCUGGUGGUCUACCUGAAGAACAUGGCGGUGGCCGACCUGCUCAUGCUGGCCACCUUCCCCUUCAGGGUGGCGGUGGAGCUGGGGCUGGGCGGGUGGCACCUGCAGGUGGCGUUGUGCCGCUACACCUCGGUGCUCUUCUACUCGUCCAUGUAUGUGUGCAUCUUCUUCAUGGGCCUCAUCAGCCUGGAGCGCUACGUCAAGAUUGUGCGACGCGCCUGGCCGGCCCUCCUGCUACAGAGCGCGGGCGUGGCCAGGGUGGUGGCGCUGCUCAGCUGGAGCCUCCUCCUCUUCCUCUGCGUGCUCCCCAACGCCUUGCUGACCAGCCAGCCGGGCGACGAGGAGAGCUCUUGGAACUGCAUGCUGCUGAAGAGCCCGCUGGGGGUGGAGUGGCACCAGGCGACCGCCCACUUCAGCGUGGUGCUCUUCUGGCUCACCCUGUUGGUUCUGGCCUUCUGUUACGCCUCCAUCGCCCGGCGCCUGCGCCAGUCGUACCGCAGGGUGCGCCGCGACAGCGCCGACGUGCGCCGCAAGUCCAACCGCAGCAUCUUCUGCCUCCUGGCCGUCUUCUUCGUGUGCUUCGUGCCUUACCACGUCUGCCGGGUGCCCUACACGCUCAGCCAGAUGCCGGACUCGGGCUUCAACCAGGCCUCGCGCUUCUGGCUCUUCCACCUCAAGGAGGGAACGCUCUUCCUGUCCGCCCUCAACGUCUGCCUCGACCCCGUCAUCUACUUCCUCAUGUGCCAAACGUUCCGAGAGUCGCUCCUCAGGAAGCUGUCGGCGAGACAGAGGCUCGUGUCCGUCACCACACCCCCCGGCCUGGACACCGUGCCGGGGGGGACACGUGGCGCAGGAGCAGGUGUGCAUUAGAGGGAACGAGGACGCUCGAGUCAAAGCCAAGCAGGACGGCUUGCAGACCCAAAGAGGAAGUGGAGCGGCGACACCAGACUGCUGACAAGAGUCACGCUCGUCUUGUCAUGGAGAAGACGCUUGGUUUGCCCGCGGCUCGCUGGCAUAAAAGCAGAAGGCACAAGACAUUGAAACAACCUUGAGAACUUGUUCAAUUA